CUUUGGCACGUUCUGACCAUAUUCGUUCGGCAGACUGUACCCAGAUGAGUGGUAAAGUAGGACUCCGUGCGCUGGACUAGCUAGGUGUCCAUGGUGACUCGAUUCAAGUGCGUCAGAGCCCGAUCCCUUCACUGACAUCACAGAGGGCGACAAUUCCUCAGCGACACCCUGGGCCCACACAGAGACAAGGGCGUGAGGGUAUUACACUUCAGCCGAGCACGUGGCGUCUUGGUGUGGUUUGCAGCAUGCAGUUUCUCGUCGCCACCUCCCUCGCUCCAAAGCACGCAAGGCAACAGACUUCCACACCAUUUUGAGCAUUUCAUAAAGACGGUUUUCACUGCGAGCGCCUCUUACACCAGACACUGUGCUCUAUGUGAAGGAGGUCGCUGAAGUUGAGUCUGUACGCGAAGUGAAAGAAGGCUAUGAAGAACGUAGGGGCUCUUUUGCAGACCUGUGCAGCGAUAGCCGACAUGGCUGAUCCAGUAGCGGACUUGAAUAUCGACCAGGUGUUGCUUCCCGCAAGGACUGCUGCGAAAGACGACAGAAGCUUACUUGCCGCUGGGUCUGAUUCUUCACUCUACACAAACCCACCAUCCACGUCUUGCAAUUUAUCGUUCAUCGAACAGUCAGACGUCACGGCUUUUGCUCCCGCACCGCUACUACCAAAUAUGGAACCCGGCCUGGCGCAGAGUGCACGCGCUACUCAUACACAACCUACUGUUCAAGCGCUUGCUCGUGCAGCAUAUUCAGUGGCAGAACCUUGCUUGCUCUACGCUGGCCAGAUGGAUAUCCUCGCCGGCCAGACUGGACCAUCCAGCGCCGCGUCUUCCCACAUGCAGCCAAUGUGCCUUCCCAUGAUUCAAGACCUCAGACCAAUGCAUCCAGCUGCUGUGUCGUCAUCAUUCUUACCCCAAACUCCGACCACCCUGAGUCACGAGCGAGUUCGCUAUCAGAUGCAAACCACCGACCAUACUCAAGCAUUUCCCUCCUCGCUGUUUAGUGCCGCGGAUAGGAGUUUACACGUUGCGAGCACUGCAUUGCAUCCUGGCAACCAACACCACAUCAAGGUGGAUACUCAAUGUCGUCACGUGACCUCGUCUCUUGAUCUCUAUGGUGACUCGCAAGUUGGCAUGCAGGUCGCAGACUGGAUGGCCCCAGUGGCUGUGGAUCAAACGCAUCACGAUUCAUUUCGAGAAGGUUUCCUCCCACGCGGGACGAUGGUACAGUCUCCAUUGGCGAGUGGUGGUCGUUCCGAAGGCCUCUCCGAUGGUCUGUCUCAACAUUCCAGUGCGAACGAUAGUGAGGAAGAUCUUCUAAUUGCUGCUGUAGCAGCCUCGCUGGUAGAUCCUUGUGAACGUGGACUGGCCUCACCCGAUGGGCGUUUUACCGCCAACACCGGCCAGGGAUUUCGGGAGACCUUCACCUCCGCCAACUUGUCCACCAGCAACGAGUAUCAUCAGGCAUUUCGCGCUCCAUACAGAGAACGGCUAUCCAGCGCAAGCAGUGCUAGCUCGCUGAGUGUGAUCUCGUCCACUGACUAUCGGUCCGAUCCUGCCGCCACUCUGGGAGACCUGAUCAGUGAUCUGAUCGCAGUUGGACCUUCCGUCGUGGUGAAGCCCGAACAGGAGGAGACGUCCGUGCAAAACCAUCCCAUGCACGCAAUGCUGAAGUCAUCACCACCGGCGAGGCCAACGCGCCGCCGGCGGCGACCGUCGGCAGCACCGAGCCCAGAGAAGGUGCAACGCGAGCAGCUGCGCCGAAAUGAGCGACUCGCCACAGAGCUCCGACGGGAGAACGCCGCUCUUCGGCGAGAAGAGAAAGCGCUCAGGGACAAGCUUGAGCAAGUCAGAGAGAAGAUCAUUCUGAGCAAUGCCGGCGAUCAGGCAAUCUCCAGUGCAAUGGCGGCGGCGCUGUGUCCCACUGUGGGGAAGUCUGAACCGGAGUGACUUUUACAUAAUCCGUUAGUUGUUGUAUUUCAUUCCCACGGGCAGAUGAUAAUAAUUAUUUGUUCUCUACUCAGUUUAAUUUGUGCGUCCACCACUUGAUUCCAAACACAGCUCCCUGUUGAGUUACUUGACUUGACCCGUAUUUCUGAUUAUUCAUUCCCUGCAUUCAUUGAGAAUUCACCCUAUCGCCUGGUAUACACCAUUGUACAUAGUGUACGUGUGGAUAUUAUAGGAAUCGUGCCUAGUACCUUCAUGUUAGUUCAAUCUAUAGUAGUCUCUUGUUUCCUUUCACGUGGACAUUCAGUGAUAUCAUGACUUUCUAUCUUGCCCUAUGGUUGGUUAUCGCUCCACUCUCGCACAAUGUGUGCGGAUAAGAUCAAGAAUUGGUUGUGUAUUGGACCGGGAGUCGAGUGACAUGAACAUCGUGCAUGUCCAUUCAAAGCAUGGGUUUGCUUCAUUGUGCAUGUUCGGG